AUGGCACAGACAAAGCAGACCAGCAAGAAGAUGACGGGAGGACCUGCGAAGCGCGGUACACUACCGCAGCUCAAGAAGCUUGCCAGCCAUGCUGGCACGAAAGUCAUCAAAACUGUGCAGUCCAAAGCAUUACCAUUGAGUGGCAAGGUCGUGCCGAGGCCCUUGCUGCAUAACAUCGGAUUUGAGGACCAUGAUGGAACCCUGGUGCUGAUGGUCCCUGCUACCAUUCAUGGACACAUCGAGAUGCCCAGUCAGUCGCAGAUAUCCAGCAACCCUAUCCUUGUCUUACACGAGCCCCUUCAAUGA